GUCGGAGCGUCGCUCAGAAUCCGUCUCUUGAGCUGAAAUUACUCUGCGACUACGGAAAGCUGGGAAAAUGAAGCGGGUGGCGGUAUUGGCCAUCGUCGCGGCUAUCUGUUUCGCUCUGGUAGCGGCAGACUACAAUACCGCGAAGGUCGCCGACAAGGACUUUCUCACCAAGCAGAAGAAGAUCUACAAUCUCCUGUACUACAUCUCGCAACCAUCCCUCGUGAACCCCAGCCUGUACGAGGAAGGCCAGUCGUAUAACAUCGAAGCCAACAUCGAUUCUUACACUAACACGGCUGCAGUGAAAGAUUUCCUCUAUCUGUACAAGUAUGGUAUGCUCCCUCGCGGCGAACUGUACUCCCCGUACUAUCCGAAGCUCCGGAAGGAAACCGAGGCCCUAUUCCGUCUGUUCUAUUAUGCCAAGGACUUCGAAAUCUUCUACAAAACCGCACUCUGGGCGCGUAUUUACAUAAACGAGAUGCAGUUCGGCGAAGCCCUGUACACGGCCGUUAUUCGUCGCGAGGAUACCAAGUUCAUUCAAUUGCCGCCACCUUAUGAGAUGUAUCCGUAUGCGUUCUUUAACGCCGAGGUGCUCGAGAAAGCGCAUCAUGCAAAACUCUUCGGCAAACUCGACUCGAAGAAAUUCGGCGCCUACGACGUUUAUAUCAUCCCGGCGAAUUACUCCGGAUGCUACAUGUCGCACGAGCAUGACGUUGAGCACACGCUCACUUACUUCACCGAGGACAUCGGCUUGAACGCCUACUACUUCUACUUCCGGAAAGAGUAUCCGUUCUCGUUGAAGGGCGAGGAAUUCGGGUUGCAAAAUUAUCGCGGCGAGGAAUACCUGUACGCUCACAAACAGUUACUGAUGCGUUACAACUUGGAACGAUUGUCCAACGACGCCGGUAAGGUCGAGGAUUUCGAUUUUCGGCACAAGGAAUUCUACCCCGGCUACUACCCGAUGAUGACCUAUCACAACGGGCUGCCGUUGCCGCAGAGAGGGUUCUUCAGCAAGUUCCCCUACUACAAGUACAAAUACAUAAAGGAAGUAAACGAGGUAGAGGCUCGAGUCUCCGCGGCCAUCGAUUCUGGAUAUAUCAUAGAUAAGAGCGGCAAGUUCAUCAACAUCUACGCACCCGAAGGUAUCAACAUCCUCGGCAACAUUAUCGAGGGCAACGCCGACUCCUGCAAUCCUGAUUUUUACGGCAGCAUCGACGUUCUCGCGAGAAAAAUCCUCGGCUUCAACCUGGAGCCGUCGACGCCUUAUCAGAUUAUUCCAAGCGCCCUCGAACUUUACAGCACCUCCAUGAGAGAUCCCGCGUUCUAUCGUAUUUAUCAAAGGAUCUUCGACUUCUACUACAACAAGUACAAGAUGCACCAGAAACCAUAUAACAAGAACGAGAUUGUCUACCCUGAACUGAAGAUUGAAUCGUUCACCGUGGACAAGUUGAUCACCUACUUCGAUCAAUUCGACACCUCGAUCAGCAACGGUCUCGUGAUAGACGAUGCGAAGGAAGCCGAGAGCAUGUUGAUCAAAGUUCGUCAAUAUCGUCUCAAUCACAAACCCUUCAGCUUCCACUUGUCCAUCAACGCCGAUAAAGCCAUGAAAUCCGUCAUUCGCAUCUUCCUCGGCCCUAAGUACGACGCUCACCACAAACCACUGGACUUUGUCGAGAACGCCAAGUACUUCUACGAAAUGGACAAUUUUAUAGUCGACCUGAAUGCCGGCGUAAACAAAAUCGUGCGCAACAGCCAAGACUGUUUCUUCGUUAUACCCGACCCGGAGCCAAGCGAGGUGUUCUACAAGAAGGUGAUGAAAAGCUUGGAUGGCUCGGACUCCCUGUCUUACAUGGAACGACUUUACGGUUUCCCAGAACGUCUUCUGUUGCCCAAGGGCAAGAAGGAGGGUAUGCCCUUCCAGAUAUUCGCGUACGUAAAUCCGCUCGAGGGUGAACCCGUGCCUUACAUGUCCCGCAUCUUCGGCGGUUACAAGUUCGACAAGAAGCCAUUCGGAUUCCCGUUGGACAGGCCCGUCCUCAAUUUCCGCUAUGACGGACCGAACAUGCAAUUGAAGGAUGUUCUCAUCUACCACAAAGACGAGAUGGAGCUGAACGUCACUUACUGAUGGCUCGAUCGCAUUAAGUUUCCUCUUCCCUCUCCACUCUGAUCAUUUAAUUCGAUGAGUAGUGACCAUUCGCGACUGAACAUAUGUUUGAGAAUGUAACACACUUAUCUUCUCGUAUGCAAUCCACACUGAGAAGUUCCAAAUAUGAUACAAACAUGUGUCAAUUGUUAUUCACGCAAGGCUUAAAUCAAUUUUAACAAAUUUUAAUUCAUGUUUUAAUUCACUUUUACUGACUGACAGUUACCUAAUUUUUAAGUAAUUAUUUUUACAAAUGUCUCUAUACUCCCUUCCCGAUGCCG